CCUCCUCCGCCUUUUCCCCUUUUCCUCUUCCCUCAAUUCCUUCUACAAUCUUCCUCAAUUCCUCACGGCCAAGAUGUCUGCCAGUAACGAUGUCUACCAGACCCCUCUCAACUCGCGCUACUCCAGCGACGAGAUGAAGUAUCUCUUCUCUCCCAGGAACCGUUUCUCUACCUGGAGACAACUGUGGCUCUGGCUCGCCGAGGCCGAGAAAGAGCUCGGUUUGCCGAUCUCCGACGAAGCCAUUGAGCAGAUGAAGGCCCAUCUCACUAUUCAGGACGACGAAUUCAAGGUUGCCGCUGAGGAGGAGAAGCGCCGUAGACACGAUGUCAUGGCUCACGUUCACGCCUAUGGCCAGGUCGCUCCUGCCGCUGCCGGAAUCAUCCACUGGGGCGCCACCUCCUGCUACUGCACCGACAACGCAGACUUGAUUUUCCUCCGUGAUGGACUCGACAUCCUCAUCCCCAAGCUUGCUGUCGUCAUUGACAAGCUGUCUGCCUUCGCUAAGCAGUACAAGGACCUGCCCUGCCUGGGUUUCACCCACGGACAGCCCGCUCAGCUUGUUACCGUCGGAAAGCGUGCCUCCCUGUGGAUCCAGGACUUGCUCAUGGACCUGAAGAACCUCGAGCGGGCUCGCGAUGACCUGCGCUUCCGUGGUGUCAAGGGCACCACCGGUACUCAGGCCUCUUUCCUCCAGAUCUUCGAGGGCAACCAUGACAAGGUUGAGCAGUUGGAUGAGCUGGUCACCGAGAAGGCCGGUUUCAAGUCUGCGUACAUCAUCUCCGCCCAGACCUACUCCCGUAAGAUUGAUGUCGAUGUUGGCAAUGCCCUCGGCUCUUUCGGCUCUACCUGCGAGCGCAUUGGCAUUGACAUCCGUCACUUGGCCAUGCUGAAGGAGGUUGAGGAGCCUUUCGAGAAGGACCAGAUUGGUAGCAGUGCUAUGGCUUACAAGCGUAACCCCAUGCGGUCCGAGCGUCUGUGCUCUCUCGGAAGACACCUUCAGAACCUCCCCAAGGAUGCUCUGGACACGUACUCCGCUCAGUGGUUCGAGCGCUCUCUCGAUGACAGUGCUAUCCGCCGUAUCAGCAUCCCCGAACUCUUCCUUUCGGCCGAUGCCUGUCUCAUCCUUUUGAACAACGUCACCUCCGGCUUUGUUGUUUACCCUGAAGUCAUCAGACGCCAUGUCAACGAUGAGCUGCCCUUCAUGGCCACUGAGAACAUCAUCAUGGCCUGUGUGAAGAAGGGUCUGUCCCGUCAGGACGCCCAUGAGGAAAUCCGUGUCCUCUCCCACCAAGCCGCCGAUAACGUCAAGAAGCUCGGCUUGAACAACGACCUGCUCGACCGCGUCCGUCGCACUGCUUUCUUCGCCCCCAUCCUGGAUGAGCUUGAUGCUCUCCUUGACCCCAGCACCUUCGUCGGCCGUGCUCCCCAGCAGGUUGAGAAGUUCCUCUCCACUGAAGUGAAGGAGGCUCUCAAGCCCUACGAGGCCCAGGUCGCCAAGGCCGAGACCUCUGCCCUCUACGUAUAGUUUCUUCCACACGCGCGCACAUAUAAACACGUCAUGGAGUUAUACCAAGCGGGUAGGCCGGACAGGAGCGAAUUGGCGUUUUCUUCCUCCACAAUCUCCCUACACAAAAGCGAAAUCUAGUCAUGCGAUAUGCCAGCGAAAUCUGUUCCAAGUACCUUGGUUUGACUAAAAACGGAAGAACACUAUAAAGGCCGUUUUAGCAGAUUCCAGCAGUCUAAAAGACCAUGUGUAUAGAUAAUAUAAUUGAUGAAAUGAUACGAGAUGUUAAUAAUG